CGCGGCUCCAUGGUGACGGCGCAGGUUUCUAGCACGGGAUCAUCCAUCGAUCAGAUCACAGCAGCCACAGACCUGCUGUCAUGUCUAAGCUAAAGAGCUCUGAGUCUGUUAGGGUGGUGGUACGAUGCCGGCCCAUGAAUAGCAAAGAGAAGACAGCUUCGUAUGAGAAAGUUGUUAAUGUGGAUGUCAAGUUAGGGCAGGUCUCAGUGAAGAAUCCGCGGGGAACAUCUCAUGAACUGCCUAAAACUUUCACCUUUGAUGCUGUGUAUGACUGGAAUUCCAAACAGGUUGAACUCUACGAUGAGACCUUCAGACCUCUCGUGGACUCUGUUCUGCAAGGGUUUAAUGGGACAAUCUUUGCCUAUGGGCAGACUGGGACAGGGAAAACAUACACGAUGGAAGGGGUGCGUGGUGAUCCUGAAAAAAGAGGGGUCAUCCCCAAUUCAUUCGAUCACAUCUUCACCCACAUCUCUAGAUCUCAAAAUCAGCAAUACCUAGUUAGAGCUUCUUAUCUGGAAAUAUACCAAGAAGAAAUCAGAGACUUGUUAUCAAAGGAUCAGUCCAAGCGGCUGGAGUUAAAGGAGAGACCAGACACAGGCGUUUAUGUUAAGGAUUUGUCCUCCUUUGUCACGAAAAGCGUCAAAGAGAUAGAGCACGUCAUGAAUGUGGGAAACCAGAAUCGCUCCGUUGGUGCCACCAACAUGAAUGAACACAGCUCUCGAUCUCAUGCCAUUUUUGUGAUCACUAUCGAGUGCAGCGAGUUAGGACUUGAUGGAGAGAAUCACAUCCGUGUUGGGAAACUCAACCUGGUAGACCUUGCAGGCAGCGAGCGGCAAGCUAAGACUGGAGCACAGGGGGAAAGGUUAAAGGAAGCUACUAAAAUCAAUCUCUCUCUCUCAGCUUUGGGCAACGUUAUCUCUGCCCUAGUAGAUGGCAAAAGCACACACAUUCCAUACCGGGACUCAAAGCUGACUAGGUUACUUCAAGACUCAUUAGGUGGCAAUGCCAAAACUGUCAUGGUGGCCAAUAUAGGCCCUGCCUCUUACAACGUAGAGGAGACACUGACAACGCUGAGAUAUGCCAAUCGUGCCAAAAACAUCAAGAACAAGCCACGAGUGAAUGAGGAUCCUAAGGAUGCUCUGCUACGAGAAUUCCAGGAAGAGAUUGCUCGACUCAAGGCACAGUUGGAAAAACGGUCUAUUGGCAAAAGAAAGAGGAGGGAAAGGAGGAGAGAUGGUGGGGAAGAGGAGGAGGACACUGAAGAGGGUGAGGAUGAAGGAGAUGACAAAGAUGACUAUUGGAGGGAGCAACAAGAAAAGCUGGAGAUUGAGAAGAAAGCUAUAGUUGAGGAUCACAGCUUGGUAGCGGAAGAAAAGAUGAGGCUGCUGAAAGAGAAGGAGAAGAAAAUGGAGGACCUGAGGCGAGAGAAGGAAGCAACAGAAAUGUUGAGUGCUAAAAUCAAGGCAAUGGAAAGCAAGCUUCUGGUGGGAGGGAAAAAUAUUGUGGAUCACACAAACGAACAGCAGAAAAUCCUGGAACAGAAACGUCAGGAAAUUGCAGAACAGAAACGUCGGGAGCGAGAAAUCCAGCAACAGAUGGAAAGUCGGGACGAGGAAACGCUAGAGCUGAAGGAGACCUAUAGUUCUCUUCAGCAAGAGGUGGACAUAAAGACCAAAAAACUCAAAAAGUUAUUUUCCAAGCUGCAAGCUGUGAAGGCAGAGAUCCAUGAUCUCCAAGAAGAGCACAUCAAGGAGCGCCAGGAACUGGAACAGACCCAGAAUGAACUUACCAGGGAACUAAAGCUAAAGCACCUGAUUAUUGAAAAUUUUAUUCCCUUGGAAGAAAAGAAUAAGAUCAUGAACAGAUCAUUCUUUGAUGAAGAGGAAGACCAGUGGAAACUGCAUCCCAUAACCCGUCUGGAUAACCAGCAGAUGAUGAAAAGACCGGUAUCUGCUGUAGGGUACAAAAGGCCACUGAGCCAACACGCCAGAACGUCCAUGAUGAUUCGUCCGGAGGCUCGGUACAGGGCAGAGAACAUCGUAUUACUGGAACUUGACAUGCCCAGCCGAACAACGAGAGACUAUGAAGGUCCAGCCAUUGCUCCCAAAGUUCAGGCGGCUCUAGAAGCAGCCCUGCAGGACGAAGAUGAGAUACAGGUGGACGCUUCAUCCUUUGAGAGCACUUCAAAUAAAAAAUCAAAACCCAGGCCUAAAACUGGAAGGAAAUCAGGGGGAUCCUCUUCAGCAGGCACCCAUAGUUCUCAGCUCUACCCACAGUCCCGAGGGCUGGUUCCAAAGUAAAACCAGCAGUUCCU